AUGACGGCGUCUCCGGAUUACUUGGUGGUGCUCUUCGGAAUCACGGCUGGGGCCACCGGGGCCAAGCUGGGCUCGGACGAGAAGGAGCUGAUCCUGCUCUUAUGGAAAGUCGUGGAUCUGGCCAACAAGAAGGUGGGACAGUUGCACGAAGUACUAGUUAGACCGGAUCACUUGGAGCUGACGGAGGACUGCAAAGAAGAAACGAAGCUCGACGCCGAGAGCCUGUCCUCGGCGCCGCAGCUGGACCAAGCUCUCCGACAGUUUAACCAGUCAGUGAGCAAUGAACUGAAUAUUGGGGUAGGAACCUCCUUCUGUCUCUGUACGGACGGGCAGCUUCAUGUCAGGCAAAUUCUGCAUCCUGAGGCUUCUAAGAAGAAUGUAUUAUUGCCUGAAUGCUUCUAUUCCUUUUUUGAUCUUCGAAAAGAAUUCAAGAAGUGUUGCCCUGGUUCACCUGAUAUUGAUAAACUGGAUGUUGCAGCAAUGACAGAGUGUUUAAAUUUUGAGAAGAAUAGUUCACCCUCCCGGUAUGGAGCAUCUCAAGUUGAAGAUAUGGGAAAUAUAAUCUUAGCAAUGAUUUCAGACCCUUAUAAUCACAGGUUUUCAGAUCCAGAGAGAGUAAAUUACAAAUUUGAAAGUGGCACUUGCAGCAAGAUGGAACUUAUUGAUGACAACACAGUAGUCAGGGCACGAGGUUUACCAUGGCAGUCUUCGGAUCAAGAUAUUGCAAGAUUCUUCAAAGGACUCAAUAUUGCCAAGGGCGGUGCAGCUCUUUGUCUGAAUGCCCAGGGUCGGAGGAAUGGAGAAGCCCUGGUUAGGUUUGUGAGCGAGGAGCACAGAGACCUAGCUCUGCAGAGACACAAGCAUCACAUGGGGAGCCGGUACAUCGAGGUUUACAAAGCAACAGGUGAAGAUUUUCUUAAAAUUGCUGGCGGUACAUCCAAUGAGGUGGCCCAGUUUCUCUCCAAGGAAAACCAAGUCAUUGUCCGCAUGCGGGGGCUCCCGUUCACGGCCACAGCUGAUGAAGUGGUGGCCUUCUUUGGACAGCAUUGCCCCAUCACCGGGGGGAAGGAAGGCAUCCUCUUUGUUACCUACCCAGAUGGUAGGCCCACAGGGGAUGCUUUUGUCCUCUUUGCUUGCGAGGAAUACGCACAGAACGCACUGAGGAAGCAUAAAGACUUGUUGGGUAAAAGAUAUAUCGAACUCUUCAGGAGCACAGCAGCUGAAGUUCAGCAGGUGCUGAAUCGAUUCUCCUCGGCUCCUCUCAUUCCGCUUCCAACCCCUCCCAUUAUUCCAGUCCUACCUCAGCAGUUUGUUCCCCCUACAAACAUUAGAGACUGUAUACGCCUUCGAGGUCUUCCCUACGCGGCCACAAUUGAGGAUAUCCUCGACUUCCUAGGGGAGUUUUCCACCGAUAUCCGAACUCAUGGGGUCCACAUGGUAUUGAACCACCAGGGCCGCCCGUCAGGAGAUGCCUUUAUCCAGAUGAAGUCUGCGGACAGAGCAUUUAUGGCUGCACAGAAGUGUCAUAAAAAAACCAUGAAGGACAGAUAUGUUGAAGUCUUUCAGUGUUCAGCUGAGGAGAUGAACUUUGUGUUAAUGGGGGGCACUUUAAAUCGAAAUGGCUUAUCCCCACCGCCAUGCCUGUCCCCUCCCUCCUACACAUUUCCAGCUCCCGCAGCAGUUAUUCCUACUGAAGCUGCCAUUUACCAGCCCUCAGUGCUCCUGAACCCACGAGCACUGCAGCCCUCCACGGCGUACUACCCCGCGGGCACCCAGCUCUUCAUGAACUACACAGCGUACUACCCCAGCCCCCCAGGUUCGCCCAAUAGUCUUGGCUACUUCCCUACAGCUGCUAAUCUUAGCGGUGUCCCUCCACAGCCUGGCACGGUGGUCAGAAUGCAGGGCCUGGCCUACAAUACUGGAGUUAAGGAAAUUCUUAACUUCUUCCAAGGUUACCAGUAUGCAACCGAGGAUGGACUUGUACACACAAGUGACCAGGCCAGGACUCUAUCCAAAGAAUGGGUUUGUAUUUAA